ACAGUUCACAGCUGAGCGAAAAAACAAAUAAUAUUAUAUUUUGUAAAAUAAUUUCUAAAAGUUUUUCCAACUCAUAUAUUUCAUAUUCAACUAAUGAUGGACAAGUUUAAGGAUAUUGGACCACAGCGCAUGAAUCCAAUGAGCUCAAGCUCGGUGCGUUCACCGACUCCACGUGACCGUCGGGCAGUCGUCGAGAUGUACGAAGGCACACAGAUGAUGCCGGAUGAGGCCAUGUUGCCAAUGCCGCCGCACAACAUUGUCCAGAGUCCCAACGAAUUGUUGCAAGGCACUCGCCAGCAAAUGAUGAGCCGCUUCCAGAAUUUCUUGCGUCUUUUGAAGCGUCGAGUUUAAGCAAUUAUUUUCAAUUUUUGUGUUUUGCAUUGCCAAUCGGUUCGAGUUAUUUAAAUCUUUCACAUAAUAAAGGUACAUACAUGCAAUAUUCUUCAAAUU